AGUCAAUUGUUCUACGAUGGACAUCAGCAACUGGCACUAUCCCUUGCCCAGGCUAUUGGAUGUGCAGCUCAACCGCCACCACCUUCUGACAAAUUGUUUCGUCUUGUUUCGAUCGCAAAACAAUUCGUCGAUGAUCCUGAAUCAAAGGAGAAACAGGCUAAUAUGCAGUUUGACGUGCUUUCUGCCGGACUAGACCUUGAGUUUGAUGCGGAUGUUAUACCCACAUCGGCUGAGCCUUGCAACUAUGAAACAAUCUAUUUGACCUCACACAAAUCGGCUUGCCGUACAGCAGCGUUCAACAACGAUGACAAUAUGGUUCCGCCACAACCUUUUGGUCGCCAUAUGAAGAUGAAAAGUAUUGAGGAUCGAGACGAUGGAUCGAUUCCGAUGGUGGUGGAUGUUAACUGUCAGCGAUCGGUUGACAACAGCUCGUCGUGCUCAUAG